AUGCGGGUUCCUAGGGCUCUUAUUUCAGGCUGGCUCCCCUUAGCUGCUGCGCAGAACUCAACGUUAGAUCUCUCCUGGCAUCCGCCUAACAAGACCUGGAUCAAUGACUUGAACCAAAUCCUGAACGGCUCCGGAACCCAUGGCUUCUACUUCAAUGGCUCUGCUCUGCCGUCGACCGUUCCCUAUGGGAGCUAUAACUGGUGCAACAUGCCCCAUGUACGACGUGAAGAGUACCCUAAACCAAGCGAAGAAAACACGCUGCAAUACGUCGAGGUCAUUCACCGCCACCACAAGAGGACGCCUUACGCCUCGAAUACUUUUCCAAAAGAAAGUUACAGGUGGGACUGCAACGAUGAGGGACUGUUCUAUUAUGGUCAGCCUCUGAACCCUGCGGGCAAUACUUCCGCAAGCGCAUUCUGGAGCGUCUUCACUUCGGACACGAACCCAUUUGCACCCAACGGUUUCAAUGGUACCUGCCAGUUCCCGCAGAUUUCCAGGGAAGGUCUCGAUGACUCCUGGCAACAUGGUCAAGAUUUAUUCGGCGUGUACCACGACCUUCUUGGCUUCCUCCCCAACGAGAUCGGCGACAAAGUAACGUAUCGCGUGACAAACAACGUGAUCACGAGUCAAGUCGCUGGCAUGCUCAUUGACGGCAUGUACUCUCCAGAAUCUCCGACACCUCUUCGCAUUCAGCCGACAGGCAUAGACUCUCUGGAGCCCCAGUAUUCCUGCCCUGCCGCCUCAUCUCUGUACUCGUCGUAUGGCGUAGGCGGUACUGCGGCGAACUGGACCAAGCACCUUACCGAAGCCAAACCACUCUACAACUCAUUGGAUGCCAUUUCUGGAGUUGCAAGUGACUCAACAGACUGGCACAAGUCGUUCGACCAUUACUACGAUAACCUUUCUGCUCGUCAGUGCCACGCGAAACCUCUACCUUGCAUCAUCAACGACCCUUCCAAAUGCGUGACGCAAAAGCAAGCAGAUACUGUGUACAGACUGGGACAGUACGAGUACUCUUUCAUUCACCGCGACUCGCCUCAAUCACUCCAAGCAGCCGUGGGAUCGUACGGCGUGUGGCUCGCGGAGCUAGCACAGAACAUCCGGGACUUUGCUUCAGGAAAGUCGCCUGUGAUUUACCGGCACAACGUCGCACACGAUGGGAGCGUGUCUAGACUCUUGAGCAUUUUGCAGGUAGAUGUCAUGGUGUGGGUGGGCAUGGGGUCCGAAGUCGUCUUCGAAGUCUACUCGAGAGGCUAUGGCGAGAAGAAGUACAUCCGGAUCCUUUGGGGUGGGCAGAUCUUGCAAAGUUCCAGUCCAACGCUGGGCAAGGUCGAUAUGCUGGACCUCGAUGUGUUCUUGGAUUACAUCGAGGGGUUAGUAGGUUCGAAAGCGAGCAAAGUGGUAGACUAUUGUGACUCGUAG